GGAAAUUAGAGUUGCACCGUCUCACAACCGUUGAUGUAAGUCUGCUCAUUAUACACCUAUAUAUAGCCUUCCAAGUAUGAGGGUUUUGCACAGCAUAUCCAAAACCAAAAUUAUUUAUUUCCCAAAUAUACAAUGGCAUCAUCAAAAACUUCGACUCUUUCUCUAUUCGCAAUCACUACUUUUCUCUUCAUCCUCCUUUCCUUCCUCUCCUACGCAAAAGCAUCAGAAACCCACCACAAAAAAACAUCAUCACCAUUUGAGUUCCUUGACCAUCUCAAGGGGUGUCACAAGGGUGACAAAGUUCAAGGCAUCCAAGACCUCAAAAAAUACCUUGAAAAGUUUGGUUACUUGAAUGUCCAUACCAACAAUGAUGACUACUUUGAUGACGAACUGGAGUCGGCCAUCAAAACUUACCAAAUCAAUUACCACCUCAAGGUCACCGGAACAUUAGAUGCGAAAACCGUAAAAAAAAUGGAGAUGCCUCGAUGUGGUGUACCGGAUAUCAUCAACGGUACCACCUCCAUGAGAUCAGGAAAGAAAAGGGGAGGACAUGGUUCAAUUCACACAGUUGGUCAUUACGCUUUCUUCCAAGGAAACCCAAAAUGGCCUGCUAAUAAGUAUCACCUCACCUAUGGUUUUCUUCAAGGCACCCCAUCUGAGGCUGUGGGCGCAGUUGCACGUGCUUUUGCAACAUGGCAGGGCAACACACACUUCACGUUCAGCCAAGCCCAAAGCAUUGAGAGCGCUGAUCUGAAGAUCGGUUUUGGAAGGCGUGAUCAUGGAGAUGGACACCCGUUUGAUGGGCCGUAUGGGACCGCUGCCCAUGCAUUUGCGCCAACAGAUGGGAGAUUUCACUACGAUGCUGAUGAGACGUGGGUUGUGGGUGCUGUGCCUGGUGGUUUGGACUUGGAGACUGUGGCUUUGCAUGAAAUUGGGCACCUUCUUGGGCUUGGCCAUAGCUCUGUUCCAGGAGCUGUCAUGCUUCCUGAAGUCCGCACUGGAUUUACCCAGAGCUUGCAUGCGGAUGAUAUUCAAGGAAUUAAAGCUUUAUACAACACUUGAUUAAUGUUGUUAUUAUUAUAAGUUUAGUAGUUCAUCCAAAGUCAUGCUUUCGUAUUUCUUAUUAUCCCUGUAUCAAAUAAAGGUACAUCACCUGCUGGGUGUACGUACUUAGAUUUUAAGCUGGAUAUUUAGUAUU